AUGUUAUCCAGAUUUGUUAAGUCUGCAUGUGUGCUUCGACCGGCGCUGUUGACUCGUCCGACCACCCCGAGUCGCCUGAUACGGAGAUCCUCUCAUGAAUAUGUACCGCCAACUCAGUAUGAUGUUCCUAUUCCCAAGAGGCUGAAUAUUCUGUACGUUAUGAGAGUGUACUGGGAAACAAUUCCAUUGUUUCUAGUGACUUGUACGAGUUUAACGAUCUGUGUGUUAUCGUGCGCUUGGGCUACUCAACAUAAGAUGGACGUAGUGUACAAGACCCACUCCCGCGAUAACGUCUCUCGCACGAUGGACCUUCGCAAUCCUGACAUACACAAGAUCCUGAUUUUCAACCAGCGUUACGAGCCCUGGCCCGAGAUGCAAGACGCUCUGGACAAGAUGGCUUUGGCACAGAAGCGGGUUCUACUGCGUGCAGAAUCCUGCCCGAGUAAAUAA